CCACAAUGCUCGGAGGCGCAACUACCGCCCCCUAGGGCUCCAAGCGGCGCCACGUCCAGAGAGUACGGCCUCGGGUGGGGCAGGCUGGGUGCUGCGGGACUCGGGGCUGUUUAUAGCGGUUCUACGCACCACAGUGCAGACAUGGCAGCUCAGAAGGACCAGCAGAAGGAUGCGGAGGUGGAAGGGCUGAGCGCCACGAUCCUGCUGCCCAAGCUGAUUCCCUCCGGCGCUGGCCGGGAGUGGCUGGAGCGGCGCCGGGCGACCAUCAGGCCUUGGGGCACCUUCGUGGACCAGCAGCGUUUCUCGCGACCCCGAAACCUGGGCGAGCUUUGCCAGCGCCUGGUACGCAACGUGGAAUAUUACCAAAGCAACUACGUGUUCGUGUUCCUGGGCCUCAUCCUUUACUGCGUGGUGACGUCCCCCAUGCUGCUGGUGGCUCUGGCUGUCUUCUUUGGCGCCUGUUACAUUCUCUAUCUGCGCACGUUGCAGUCGAAGUUUGUGCUCUUUGGCCGGGAGGUGAGCCCAGCACAUCAGUACGCCCUGGCUGGUAGCGUCUCUUUCCCCUUCUUCUGGCUGGCCGGUGCUGGCUCCGCUGUCUUCUGGGUCCUGGGAGCUACACUGGUGGUCAUCGGCUCCCAUGCCGCCUUCCACCAGAUAGAGCCGGCAGAUGGAGAGGAACUGCAGAUGGAACCAGUGUAAAGUCUCAGGACCUGCCUCGCCAGCUACCCCAUCUUCUGUCUGUUGUCCUGCCUGGCCUUGCUGCUCAGCUUGGAGCCUCAAGCCCAGGGAGAGCCUUUGUCUUGGGAAAUAAAGCUGUUACAGUUGCUACUUGGCAAA